UGUAUUCUUAGCGAUGAUAAUAAGUAGGCCGAGCGGAAAAAGUACACGUUAUCUAAACCUUUGUUUUGCGACCGUAUUAUGCAAUAUGUAACUCUACAAAUCUAAGUGCCGCUCGCGCUCGUUACAGUUUCUUUCCAAAAUUCCCUGUAGGAGGGUCGAAAUGGAAGACUUCUGCAAUGGAACAGAGAUAUGGAACACUACUCUGACAUGGAGAAACAGCUGGCCCGAUUUUACCGAGUGCUUCCAGAACACGGUGAUUAUCUGGGUGGUCAGUGGCUGGUUAUGGCUUACCUCCCCUCUCUACCUCUAUUACCUGAUAAUACAGAAAAGCUGUCCAAACCCCAUAACAGUGAAGUUCAUCACAAAAAUAGUCCUGAUACUUUGCUUACUUGCCAUAUGUAUCACAGAAAUAGUGACGGCAGUUCAUGAUUUAUCUUCUGUUGACUCGUACUUGAAAGCAUGGCUGAUUGGGCCCUGUAUAGAGGCAUUCACACUGUUGUUAGUCCUGCUGUAUAUUUUCGUGGAAAGAAACAAAGGCUUUGUGACGUCUGGGGUUCUCUUUAUAUAUUGGACUCUAGCUAACCUAUGUUACAUCAUUCCAUUCUACAGAAAGAUCAUCAAUAAGGAAUAUUCGAAUAAACCAGCCAAUUUUGCUGUUUUUAACGUGUACUAUUUCAUCGCCCUUAUUCAGUGGGCUAUUUCCUGCACGGCAGACAAAACCAGCACUCCAGAAAUAGAGAAAGAAUGUCCAGAGGUGCAGGCAUCAUUUCUUUCACGGAUCACAUUCUGGUGGUUAAACAGUUUGAUGAUAUCUGGGUACAAGACACCAUUGACUGAGGAUAAAAUAUUUAAAUUGAAUCCAAGAGAACAGUCCAAAAAUGUCAUACCAAAAUUUGAGGCUAAAUGGAAAAGAGAGAAGGAUAAGUACAGUGGAUCGUUAAUAGUUCCUGUUUCACCCCCUGACCCCAUGAAGCGAUCAAAACACUAUUCCAGCAUUCAAGAUGAAGAAACGUCAGAGAAAACCCCACUUCUACAGUCGGAUGAAUCAAAGAAAUCCAAGACGGAACCUACCGUAAAAGGUCCCUCCCUAAUAAAAGCGCUCUUCAGAACGUUUGGAUGGGAGCUGCUUCAUGCACAGAUCUUUAAACUUUUCUAUGAUGUACUUGUCUUUGUUCUCCCUGCGCUUUUGAAGUACCUAAUCCAGUUUUCUAAGAAUGAUCCCAAUGAUGUGACAUGGAAGGAGGACUGGAAAGGCUAUGUGUUGGCAGCUGGAUUCUUUGUUACAGUGCUCAUGCAAUCAUUCUUCUUCCAUCAGCUGUUCUACUGGAGUGUUGCACUAGGACUCAGAAUCAGGGCCUGCUUAGUGUCGGCUGUAUAUAAGAAGGCUUUAACUAUGAGCAACCAAGCAAGGAAAGGUGCAACAGUUGGUGAAAUUGUGAACUUGAUGUCAGUGGACACGGAAAACAUCCAGCACCUUAUACCCUAUCUGUGGGGCUGUUGGUCGUCUGUGCUGCAGAUAGGUGUCGCUCUGUACUUCCUGUAUGACACGGUUAAAUAUGCAAUGCUGGCAGGUCUAGGUUUCCUGAUUCUGCUGUUUCCGUUCAAUGGCUUCAUCAUGAGCAAAAUGCAAAAAUUACAGAAAGACAAGAUGAAAGAAAAAGACAACCGAAUCAAACUGCUUACAGAAGUCCUGAAUGGUAUCAAGAUUCUGAAAUUGUAUGCAUGGGAAAUGUCAUUCAAAGAGAAGAUUGAGGCUAUCCGUAAUGUGGAGUUGAGCAUUCUGAAGAGGGAGAGCAUAAUUGGUCUGUUUUUCUGGUUUUCUUGGAUUCUGGCGCCAUAUAUGGUUUCCAUGUUGACCUUUGGCGUUUACGUGUAUUCCACUGAUGCACAUUAUCUUUCUCCGGAGGUGGCAUUCGUUGCAAUCUCCCUGCUAAAUAUUUUGCGCUUUGCGGUGAAUGUUGCACCAAUGAUGAUGACAGAGGCUGUGAAAGCUGUUGUCUCACUGAAAAGGCUCUCCAAAUUCCUGAACAACCAUGAUCUGGACCCAGAAUGUGUGUCGCAUGAUUAUAUGGAAGACGAAGCAAUAACAAUAAAAGAUGGCAGCUUUAUGUGGGAUCCUGAAGUUGGUGACUGUUUGAAAAACAUUAAUCUAACCGUGGAUGAGGGGAGCCUAGUGGCUGUGGUAGGCCAGGUGGGAUCGGGAAAAUCCUCCAUACUGUCAGCCAUAUUGGGAGAAAUGAUCAAGGUCAAAGGUCAUGUAAAUGUCAGGGGCAGUGUUGCAUAUGUUCCCCAGCAGGCAUGGAUUCAGAACAAUAGUCUACAAAACAACAUCUUGUUCAGCAAACCAAUGAAAUCUGCUUUCUACCAAAAAGUUAUCAAAGCUUGUGCUCUACAGCCGGACAUUGAUAUACUGUCAUCAGGAGAUGCAACAGAAAUAGGGGAAAAUGGCAUUAACCUCAGUGGUGGACAGAAGCAGAGAGUUAGUUUGGCCAGAGCUGUGUACCACGACACUGAUGUCUAUCUUUUAGAUGACCCCUUGUCUGCUGUAGAUUCCCAUGUUGGCAAACAUUUGUUUGAUGAAGUAAUAGGAAAUACAGGGCUACUCAAAAGAAAGACAAGAGUUUUGGUCACACAUGGAGUACAUUGGCUUCCAAAAGUAGACAAGAUAAUUGUGCUGAUCAAUGGCAGUAUAACUGAGGUAGGGACCUAUGAGGAGCUCUUGGACCAUGCCGGGCCAUUUGCAGAGUUUCUCACCACUUACCUGACAGCUGACAAAGAGGAGGUGGAGAACGAAGAGGAGGAUCCAGAGGUGAGAGAAGUCAAAGAAAAAAUAUUGCUGCGAUUAAAAUCAGUUGCUUCAGUGGAUGAAAGUGAUGACAAACAGAAUAUUUUGAUGCGACUGAAAUCUGUUACUUCAGAGGAGGAGAGUGAUGGCAGAAGGGUGUUGGAGUCGGAGGGAGAGAAAAAAUUGCUUCGGCAGCGUAGUGUUGUUAAAAAGGAGGAGAAGGAAGCAGGAAAAGAUGGCAAACCUACAGACAGUCAUAAACUGAUCGAAGAAGAAAAGGCUGAAGUUGGCAGUGUCAAGCUUAGUGUGUUCAUAACCUACGCUCGAGCCAUAGGAACUCCAUACUUCGUGUUGUACAUGGUUCUUUAUGUUUUAUUCACGGCUGCUAGCGUAUUUUCCAACACCUGGAUAAGCUAUUGGACAGAAGAUGACACCUUAAAUAAUAUUACUGUGUUUGGGAACAGUUCGUUACGAAGGGAGAAAAAUGACUUUUACUUUGGUAUUUACGGUGGCUUGGGUGGAAUUCAAGCUGUUUUGAUUGUCGCCCUACAAAUCAUCUUUGUGUAUCGCACCAUCAUAGCCUCACGAACCCUCCACCAGAAAAUGCUGUACAGCAUUGUACGGUCCCCCAUGUCCUUCUUUGACACAACUCCUGUCGGCCGCAUUGUCAACAGAUUCUCCGAUGACAUCAGCACUAUUGAUGGGGAACUGCCCAACACAUUCUUUAUGUUUAUGGACUGCUUGCUUGUGGUGAUUGGGGCCUUGGUAGUCAUCUCGUUCAGUACCCCGAUAUUUAUGUCCGUCAUUCUGCCGUUGGGUAUCCUCUAUUUCCUGGUGCAGAGAUUUUACAUAACAACCUCCCGUCAACUAAAACGACUUGAGUCUAAGACUCGCUCUCCAAUCUACAGCCACUUUGGAGAGUCGGUAACAGGUGCCAGUGUCAUCAGAGCCUUUGGGUUGCAGAAUGAAUUCAUCAUGGAGUCCCAGAAACGAGUGGACACAAACCAAGUCUUCACUUACGCCAGUAACACUGCUAAUAGGUGGCUUGGAUUCCGGUUGGAACUCCUUGGAAAUUUUGUAAUCCUGGCAGCCAUCAUCUUUGCUGUUCUGGCUAGGGACACAAUUAAGGGGGGGAUUGUUGGACUGUCUAUUUCAUAUGCAUUACAGAUCACUGAGAACCUUAACUGGUUUGUGAGGAUGGUGUCUGAACUAGAAACCAAUGUUGUGGCUGUUGAGAGGGUGUCUGAAUACACUAAAGUCCCAACAGAGGCUGACCUCAUUAAUGAGUACCAUCGCCCUUCAGAGGACUGGCCGUCAAAAGGUGAGGUGGAGUUCCAGAAUUACUCAACCAAGUACCGAAGUGGCCUGGACCUAGUGUUGAAAAAUAUCAACUUCAAUGUUAACGGUGCUGAAAAGGUUGGUAUUGUGGGAAGAACAGGGGCUGGGAAAUCCUCUCUGACAUUGGCAUUGUUCCGGUUGAUUGAACCAACAUCGGGUUCCAUUGUCAUUGAUAAAGAAAAUCUUGCACACCUUGGACUGCAUGAUUCACGUUCACGCCUGACCAUUCUCCCACAGGAUCCAGUGCUGUUUUCUGGUACUCUGAGAAUGAACUUGGAUCCAAUGAGUAAGUACACUGACCAAACUCUGUGGGAGGUCUUGGAGCAUGCUCACUUAAAGGAUUUCAUCCAAACACUGCCCACUGGCCUGGAGUAUGAUUGUGGUGAAGGGGGACAGAACCUCAGUGUGGGACAGAAGCAGCUUUUGUGUUUGGCUCGAGCACUCUUACGGAAGACCAAAAUUCUAAUUCUGGAUGAAGCAACAGCAGCAGUAGAUAUGGAAACAGAUGAACUCAUUCAGAAUACCAUCAAGCAAGAAUUCCGUGACUGUACGGUUCUAACCAUUGCACAUCGACUGAACACUGUUAUAGAUUAUGACAGGAUCAUGGUCUUGGACAAUGGUGUAGUGAAAGAGUUUGACAGUCCUCAAGUGUUAUUAAAGAAAACAGACAGCCUAUUCUAUCAACUGGCAAAGGAUGCUGGAAUUGUCUGAAUGCAUUGUGAAUGUUUUACAAUUUGUAAAUGGCCAGGUUUUUCCUUUUACAGAUCAAAGGGUUUGGAGUUGACAGCGGAUGUAUCAUGCAUAGAUUUUGUUGUUGUUGAUUCUUACUGAAAAGACUUGUCAUGCAAGUUCGUAUUAAUUAUACAAAAUCUGUUGAUUCCUAUUAUUGUUAGAAAACUGACAUAUCAUUAAAUUCUUUUGAGUUUUUCUCUCUGUGCCAUAGUACAACUUUUUGACGUUUUGAUUAUACCGGUUCACUUGGGUGUACAUCGUAUUUUUUUUUCUCAUGUGGUGAUUUUAUGAUAUAUUUUACAAUAUCAUUUCAGUUGAUAAUUGAUGGUACAUAUACAUUAUAGUUGAAUAGCUUAUAAUCAACAUUUAAUCUGCCAUCAGUCCUAAUAUCUAAAUUACAUAUUCUGCAAAAUUUGUCCCAAAGAUGGCGUCUCAUGAGAUUAUCCAUUAGCUCUCUGUGUUAAUUUUCAUUGCUUUUAUUGUCUCCUUUGAGAAACUGCUAAAACUAAUUAGCCAUUGUAUAUGUAAUUAUUCAUAUUUUGGAGCAUGUUUUUAUACAGCGACAUUUAUUGUGUAUGAGAUUUAGAUGCAAACUUGGCCAAAAAAAAAUCUGAUCUGGGAGUUGUACAACGUAGAAUCAGAUACAGUGUAUAGCAGAAGAGAAAAGAAGUCCGAUGAUAAAUCUUAAUUUUGAGCUUGCAUGGACAUAUUUCUUUGAGUUGUUGUGGUAGGUGUACAUGGGUACUGGCACUGGCCAUAGACAAUAGAUGAAAGAAAAAUGGCGAUAUACUUGUAUUCUUGUACCUUGUAUAUAAUCAUAGAGAUUUCAUUAUAUGAACGAGUAUGUUGCAAGUUUCUCAGCCGAAAAUUGUUCAUACCAAUGAUAGAUCCUUCAGUUUUUCAUUGGUUAAGCCAAGAAGAGAUCGAACAUUUGGUUUUAUCAUUGGUCAAAAACAUUCAGUUUUGAUAUUGGUCAAGCCAAGGAUGGAUCUAGGAAUACGUAGAAUAUUUUUGGUGGAAGAUUUAUAAUCAUCACUUUGUGAAUUGUUUGAAAUAUUUUUUCUUUGUCACUCUUGCAUAAUGUAUAUUGGAAUUAUAUCUUGUCUUGUCUUUUGUGUCAUUUUUUUUCGAGUUUAUACAGAGUAUUUACGUUUAUCAUUACAUGUGUUAUACAUUCAUGUAGAAUAUUUAACUCAAGAAACGUUUGAAAAAAUUAAAUGUAUAAAACAUUA